UUCACUUCCAUCCUGCAGUUAUGUCACAGUCUCCACCUCUUGCAAGGGUGUUGAUCUAAUGUAUUACAUUCAAAUAAAAGCCAAAGCUCACCUCUGGCAUUCACACUAACAUCCAUCUAGAGAAUCGACCGACAGAGAACAAUCAACCAUCGCAAACGCAAAAGACCUGAAUAUGGCUUCUAAAACUCAAAUACUACUACUGCUAGUGGCUGUAAUGGUUGCAAGUUAUGGCUUUACCAAUGCCAGCGCCAAUGGCAUAAACAAUGGUACAAACGCUGACAACACCAAUGGCACAAACAGCAACUCAACCACUGGCAACACCAACGGCAUAAACUGCAACUCAACCACUGGCAACACCAACGGCACAAACAGCAACUCAACCACUGGCAACACCAACGGCACAAACUGCAACUCAGCCACUGGCAACACCAACGGCACAAACAGCAACUCAGCCACUGGCAACACCAACGGCACAAACAGCAACUCAGCCACUGGCAACACCAACGGCACAAACAGCAACUCAGCCACUGGCAACACCAACGGCACAAACAGCAACUCAGCCACUGGCAACACCAACGGCACAAACAGCAACUCAGCCCCCACAACCAAAUCUGCUGCAGCAUCUCUUUCACACAAGGGGAUCAUGGGGCUGCCUGGAUUUCUGAUCUACACGUUCAUCUCCACCGCAGCUCUCAAACUCUUCCACCUGAUCUGAACAUCAGCUCUCUCAGUUUGUAAACCAGCUAAAAUCUAAAGAUUUGUAAUGGAUAUUUAUCUAUCUUUUUUUAGUAACCAUUUUGAUUGUUGCAAUGUUAAUAUGAUUUAGUUUUAAGUUCUUAUGGUUUAAUUAAUUAUUAGCUUUUCAUUUAACUGAUAAACACCCUGCAGUUCCUCCACAAACCCCAGUUUUGGAAACCUUGACAUGAUGUAAUGUUAAAUGCAC